AUUACCAUUUCUUUAUAUCAACCGAAAAACAGAUUUUGUCUUCUUCCCAACUUGCAGCUCCAAUCGCAGUUUGAUUCUCUAUCUCACGAUUCUGCUCGUUGGGUUUCUUGUUUUGGACUUCCUAAUUUCCAUGGAUGUUCAAUUGGUUGAUAAAGCUUUGAGCUUUUCGAAGAGAAGAAGGAAAUGGCUUGUUCUUCUAGCUGUUUGCGGUGUCUCUGGUUAUGGGGUUUACAGGAUUUACCAUUUACCUUCAGUUUCGAGGAAGAGGAAGAGGUUGAUGAAGCUCUUGGGAGCUAUGUUUUCUGUGGCUGAAUUAGUGUAUGAUUCUUCAGAGACUGUAAAUGCUGUAUCCAGAGAUCUGAAGGAGUUCCUUCAAUCAGAUUCAGACGAGAUUCCCAACAGUUUGAAGCAGAUUUCGAAAAUUGCUCGAGCUGAGGAGUUUGUGCAGUCUUUAGCCAGUGUUUCCGAGGGCUUCACCUUAGGGGUUCUUAGAGGUUAUAGCUAUGGAUCUGAAGAUCAGAAAGAAUCAGGAAAUGGGCCCUCGGAUUCAAAUUUUACUGAUAGAGUGGUGGACCGAAUGUUUUCACCCGCUGGAAGCGGAUUUGUUUCCGCUGUUGUUGGUAGCUUUGCUAGGAAUUUGGUUUCUGGGUUUUACUCAGACAGUGGAUCGAUUGAGGAGAACGGGAAGCAAUAUGAUAUGAGUUCCUCUGAUGUGCCCUGGUGGGUUAAUGCCCUUUACAACGAGAAAUCUAAGGAGCUCAUGGCAGAAUGUAUCGAAAAGUUUGUGAGCACAUCGGUAGGGAUUUACCUUGACAAGACGAUGCAUAUCAACACAUACGAUGAGAUCUUUGUUGGACUGACAAAUCCGAAGCAUAGAGAUGAUAUGAGGGAGAUUCUUGUCUCUGUCUGCAAUGGAGCUGUUGAAACUCUUGUGAAGACAUCUCAUACUGUCUUGACGAAUCCAAGUUCCAACUCUUCAAGCGAAAUCAUGGAGGAAAGAACAAAACUUUCGCCACGGAAGCACAACGAAAAUGGGGGAUGGUUAGAUUCUGUCAAGACCACAAUGGCCGAGCCAAGAAACAGGAAGUUUGUGUUCGAUUUGACGGGAAGGGUAACGUUUGAAACAGUAAGAUCGAUGGUUGAGUUCUUGUUAUCAAAGCUCUUUGAAUGUUUCAGAAGAAGUUCCCGAGCUCUAGGGGAUGAGAUUAUGGACAGGGGACGUCAAGUUAUUGCCUUUGUCAAUGCAAAGUCUUCGGUCAUCGUCACCAUUUUCAUUGCACUGUACCUUCACGUUUUCAACACCAAAAGGGUUCUAAUGGCAGCUUAAGCUCAACUCAAGGAUUCUUGCAUCAUUACAGAGGUAUCUACCACAUGCUUCAUGUUUUGAUUUUGUUGCAGGAUCUGGAUCUUGUAUGUAAUAAAACAUUUGUAUAUAUAUAAACAAAAAAUCAAGAAAUGUGGGCAUACAUAUAUUCAAAUACAUGAAUUAUUUCAAUUUAAAAAAUGGGAUUUUUUUUGGCUGUUCUUGGUAACUCUCUACACAACUGGCCAUUACAAUGAAUAAUCUCAGGUUCUGUCUGUAAAACAUUCCAUAAGUGAUAUCUAAUAAUCUCUGA